AUGGCUGGACGCGUGCUGAGUUUAAUGUGCUUGAUGCUGGCGCAUUUGGCACUCAGCAGUGGCUCCACGAAUUGGACAUGUUUGCCCAAACUGGUGAUAACAACUAAGCAGAUAAAACAGCAAGUGGAACAUAUAGUGACGAGUCCAACGGGCGAGCAAACAAAGCGUCUAAUAUGGGAGGAGCAAGAGGUGCCCAUACCAGAGGUGACGGACUCGGAUGUAGCGAGCUGUAAGCCCAAGUGUGAGCCCAAGUGCAGUCUUCAUGCGGAUUGUGUGCGAGGCGAGCAGCCCAGCUGCAAAUGCUGGCCAGGAUAUAAGCCAAGCUAUAAGCAGAAUAGGCGCAUGCGUUGUGAGCCCGAAUGCAAUGAGAAUUGUGGAGAGCACACGGUGUGUCUUAAGCCUGGCGCUUGUGUUUGCCUGCAGGGCUAUGAACGCGUCGCCAAUGGAAGCAACUGCCAGCCCAUAUGCAAGCAGGAAUGCGGCAGCAAUAAGCACUGUGCAGCGCCAGAUCAAUGCAAAUGCAACAGCAAGUUUGUGGAGAACGAACUGGGCGCAUGCCAGCCGGCUUGCAAUCACAGAUUGUGCGGCGCCAAUGAGCAGUGUGUGGGCCCCGAUAAAUGCGAAUGCAAGCCAGGAUUUGAACGCAAGCAGCAGACGUGUGUGCCGAUUUGCAAGGAUGGGUGUGGCCCACAUGAGCAGUGUGGCGAGCCUGGAGUCUGUGAGUGUGUGCCGGGCUAUGAGAAGCAGCGAGCGGGAGAGCAGUGUCAACCCAUUUGCAGUCAAGGCUGUGGAGCACAUGGCUUCUGCGCUGCGCCAGACAGAUGCCAAUGCAAGCAGGAUUACCACAAACGGAGUGGCGAUUGCGAACCCAUUUGCAACACUGGCUGCGGCAAGAAUACGCUGUGCCGCGAUCCAGGCGCAUGUGUCUGCCAAGACGGCUAUGAGCGUCCAUAUGGCAGCGAUGACUGUGAGCCCGUUUGCACCCCACUCUGCACCGCCAAUGCCCAUUGCGUCGCUCCCAAUCAUUGCGUCUGCCAUGAAGGGUAUCAGUUCAACCAGACGCGCCACUGCGAGCCUGUAUGCGCGCCCAAGUGCGAGGCCCACAGCUACUGCCAGCUGCCGGGUGAGUGCGCCUGCCGGGACGGCUACCUGGGCGAAGGCAAUCACUGCCAGCCGUUCUGCAGCAAGGAGUGCGGCGACAACAGCUAUUGCCUGGCUCCCAACCAAUGCGAAUGCGUUGCCGGCUAUACGUCCACGGAUCCAAGCAAGCGCAACUGCUCCAGCAAUACGCCACUGUGGCUCAUCAUAGUCAUCGCUGUCGUCAGCCUAUUGGUCGUGAUUGCCAUCAUAUCGUUCAUAGUGUUUGUUGUCUCCCGACGCGAGGUCGAAAUGUCCUAUUCGACGCAGGUGGACACAGACUUGCCUCAAGGUCACGAUAAUUCAACAUACUUAAUCGUUACAUAUUUGAAAAACGAUUUUGGAAAUGUGUCGCCGCAAGUUCAUGAAUGGUGGAGCAGAUUCGACAGAAAGUAUUCAAUUCAAAACUUUUGGAAACCAAGGACCGCCUAUAGAACUGAGAUCGAGCACUAUUGCUGUCCUGGCUACACAGGCUCAACCGAAAAUUGUCAGCCCGUCUGCUCUGACGGCUGUGGUGCUCACAGCUUCUGCGUAGCGCCAGGUCAAUGCGCCUGCAUGGCGGGCUAUGGAUCCAACGCCGGCGACGACUGUUUGCCCCAGUGUAGCGUUGGAUGUGCCGCGCACAGUUUCUGUGCUGCACCCGAUCGAUGUGACUGCGAGCCAGGCUAUGCGUUGACAGCAGGCACUUGCCAGCCCAUUUGCACUGGAGGAUGUGGCAGCCACAGCUACUGCCAAGCGCCGCAGCUGUGCGUCUGCGAGGCGGGCUAUGCAGCAGACGCGGCAGGCGCCUGUCAGCCGCAAUGCGCGCCCUCCUGUGGCGCCCACAGUCGCUGCAGCAAGCCCAAUGUGUGAGUGGCCUGGAGGGCUAUGCCGCUGCGUUCGGAUGGCAGCUGUCAGCCAGUUUGCAACGAGAGUUGUCCAGAGCACAGCAGCUGCCAAGCGCCGCAGCAAUGCGGCUGCGUGGCUGGCUAUGUGGCCAAGGGCGAGCUGUGCGUGCCGCAAUGCGAUCAAGAGUGCUACGAUUAUGCGCAGUGUGUGGCGCCGAACACUUGCGAAUGCUACAGCGGCUACGAGGAGUCGGAGCUGGAGCACAAGUGUGUGCCCAAGUGCAGCCAAGGCUGCAGCAACGGCUACUGCUAUCAGCCCGAGGUGUGCGCCUGCAACAGCGGCUACCUCAUGGGCCCCAACAACACUUGCGAGCCGCAGUGCAGCAAAAGCUGCGUGCACGGCCAUUGCCACUCGCCCGAUAUCUGUGAAUGUGAGCCUGGCUAUCGCUUUGCUGCCGGCUCCCAGCAUAUAUGUGAGCCCAUUUGCGAGCCAGCGUGCCAGCUCGGCGACUGCGUAGCGCCCCAGACCUGUCUCUGUCACCUGGAGCACGAGCCCACGGCUACUGCGCACAUUUGCCAGCCCAGCUGCCAAGUGAACUGCAUCAACAGCAGCUGUGUGGCGCCCGCUCAGUGCGCUUGCUGGCCGAACUAUGUGCCACUCACUGCUACAAGCUGCAGACCCAACUGCAGUCAGGGCUAUGAGUGGACCUAUGCGGGCUGCCAACUGCUCAGCACAACAACUGAGCUCACCACUGAGCUGCCCACUGAGCUUACCACAGCAUCAACUGAGACUAGCACACUUCAAGCCCUCAACUUGAACUGCACCAGCAGUUGCCAUUGCUGGCAUGAGCUCAAUGAUGCCUCUGCUCUGCCCAAGUGCGCGCAUGUUUGCCAGGAUGAGUACGAUCAGCCUUGCCUGGACUUUGCUGCAUGCCACUGCGAUCUGCUGACACAACAGUUGCUUUGCCUGGAGCCUGCGCAGCCGCAACUCAAACGUUAUGUCUGCAAAGUGCCAGCCAAGGCUUUGGACAAGGCCACUCAAGAGGCUGCGCUCAACGCCACCAAGGCCAAGCCGACUGCUCCCAAAUGGCCCUUGAUUGUUGCCUGUGCUGUUGGCCUACUCGCGCUGCUUGUCAGCCUGGCCAGCAUUAGCCACUACUAUCUGAAGCAUCGUCGAGCUCAGCAAGAAAUCAAUCAGCUUACGACUGCACUUAGCAUUUCCCAUUACGAUAAUGAGCUUUAACCUUUUACUUUACAUACCCCCCCAAUGCAGUUUUAUAAAAUGCAAUUUAUAAAAUAUUGAUCUGG